GAUGGCUAUAAAUGGAAGAAGCUAGAUAAAUAAACAUUAAAUCGGUGAAAGAAGCUGAUUAAAAUCCUUUGACAAUCGCAACCUAGCAACUCUGUGAUUAUUCGUUUAUUGGGUUGUUUGGUUAAAAGCUUCAGCCACGGCACUGAUUCACUGUUUCCACGUGUACGUGUAAACGGUAAGUUGACGAAGAAUUGGUUCAAGAUUGUAAUAAUGUGUGUAAAUAAUAGAAUUAUUUUGCGAACCAUUUAGUAAUUCUCGACGACAACAAUAUUGGAAACAUAGAUUCUGUUCUUAUGCUGCUAGAAGAAUCUGAGAAUUUUAUUAACAAUUCAAAUGCACCUUCUGUUUACUACUUCGGAAUUCUGAAAAUUUUACUUCAACUCCAAAAAUGGACUUAAAUUGAGAUUGUAUGAAGUGAAUAUCUGCAAUUGUUGACAGAGGCAUUGUCUAUACAUGAAAAGUUUAGUAUACAAUCGAAGAGGUACACAACUUCCAUAUUCUUUGUGCGUUUCGUUCUUUCUGCGUUGGUUUUUAAUGUCCUGUCUUCGAAUUAAAUUCCGGUUGAAUCGCAAACGACUGGAACUGGGAAACUUCAAAAAUAGUUUUGCGACAAUCUUCAGAUAUUUGUAAUUACCCCUGCUGUGUUGAUAGCAGUCGAUAUUUUUCCAUCAAUAUAGGAAUACAUGAAAACCAGACUAAGACAGAUAUCCAUGUUCUGUGGUGAGGGAAUAAAAUAACGGAAAUUAUGUGAGAAACUUAAGGGAUUGAGUUUCACUGAAGAUAUAUUGUGAUAUCUGUAAAAAGUUUUUCUUUCAAAAAAAAAAAAAAAAAAACCGCAGCUCUUCAUACAGGACCGAACCUAUAUCCAUCGUACAUCUUUAUCUGGAACUGCUAACUUAAUUAUACACGAAUAUGUUGAUACAGGAGAGAAACCAUUGCAUGUGAUAAAUCAUUCCUUCGAAGAAUCGUUUAACUCGACUGAAACGUAUUCAUAAAGGAGAUAAACUUUAUUGUUGUUAUAUUUGUAGAUACCUUAUCUAGACAAAUUCAUUUAAAAUGGAGCCAUAUUGCUGUGAUAUUUGUUGUAAAUCAUUCCCUGAGAGUAGCUGCUUGACUUCUCAUAAAUGCAUUCAGACAAGUGAAAAACCAAAUCACUGUGAAAUUUGUGGUAAAUCAUUCUCUGGGAAGAGUAGCUUAACUAGACACAAGCGUAUUCAUACAGGAGAGAAACCAUAUUACUGUGAUGUAUGUGGUAAAUCAUUCUCUGGAAAAGGUAGCUUAACUAGGCAUGAACGCAUUCAUACAGGAGAAAGGCCUUACCAAUGCAAUAUUUGUAAAAAGUCAUAUUCUGUUAAAAGUAACCUAACUGUACAUGAGCGUAUUCAUAGAGGAGUGAAACCCUAUAACUGCGAUAUCUGUGGUAAGUCAUUCUCUCUAAAUCAUCACUUAACUAAACACAAACGUAUUCACACAGGUGAGAAGCCAUAUCACUGUGAUAUCUGUGGUAAAUUAUUUUCUGAUAAUGGACAAUUAACUUCACACAAACGUAUUCAUACAGGAGAGAAGCCAUAUCCUUGUGAUAUUUGUGGUAAAUCAUUUUCUGGGAGUAGUGAUUUAACAGUACACAAACGUGUUCAUACUGGAGAAAAGCCAUAUCACUGUGAUAUUUGUGGCAAAUCAUUCUCUCAAAGAAAUCACAUAACGAGACACAAACGUAUGCAUACAGGAGAGAAACCAUAUCACUGUGAUAUUUGUAAUAAAUCUUUUUCUGAUGGAGGUAAGUUGACUAAUCAUAUACGUAUUCAUACAGGUGAGAAACCCUAUCACUGCAAUAUCUGUGGCAAAUCAUUCUCUGGAAGUAGUGAAGUAACUGUUCACAGACGGAUUCAUACAGGAGAGAGGCCAUACCACUGUGAUAUUUGUAAUAAAGCAUUCUCUUCUGGAAGUGUCUUAACUAAGCACAAACGUAUUCAUACAGGUGAGAAACCAUAUCACUGUGAUAUCUGUGGUAGAUUGUUUUCUGGAAACAGUGAAUUAACGAUUCACAAACGUAUUCAUACAGGAGAGAAACCAUAUCACUGUGAUAUCUGUGGCAAAUCAUUCUCUGGAAGUAGUGAAGCAGCUAUUCACAAGCGUAUUCAUACAGGAGAGAAGCCCUAUCAUUGCAAUAUCUGUGGUAAAUCAUUCUCUUGUGGAAGUCAUUUAACUAGACACAAACUUAUUCACACAGGUGAAAAACCCCAUAACUGUAGUAUUUGUGGUAAGUCAUUCUCAGACAAAAGUAAAUUAAGUCAUCACAUACGUAUUCACACAGGUUAGAAGAUGUGUCAUUGUGAGACAUAAUUAUGUUCAUACAGGAGACCGAGCACAUCUCUGUGAUGUCUGUGGCAAAAUACUCUCUGGUGGAAAUAUCUUAACUAGACACAGAUAUAUUUGCUCAAGAUGAAACCAAAGGUAACUUAGCUAAGCAUGUAUUAACUGUAUCAUCAUCAUCAUCAUCGUUUAAGGUCUGCUUUCCAUGCUGGCAUGGGUUGGACGAUUUGACUGAGGACUGGUGAGCCAGAAGGCUGCACCAGGCUCCAAUCUGAUCUGGCAGAGUUUCUAUAGCUAGAUGCCCUUCCUAACGCCAACCACUCCGACAGUGUAGUGGGUGCUUUUUACGUGCCACCGGCACGAGGGCCAGUCAGGUGGUACUGACAACGGCCACACUCGGAAUGGUGUUUUUUACAUGCCACUUGCACAGGAGCCAGUCCAGCGGCACUGGCAGAAAACUCAGUUUUUAUCAAGAAAAUUAAUUUUCCUUUUUCUUCUCAGUAUAACUAAUAAUUUUACCAAUAUUAGUACUUUCCUGUGGUAUAAACUAGUAAUAUUCUCAAUGCACAGUAAGUGUAGUUGACAUAAGAAAGUAUCAAUGUUUUUGAAUGUCAGUAUUGAAUCAUUGAUGGUGGGAGGAGAAUAAACAAAUGUAAUAACUUAAAAUACUUUUUCAUUCCUAAUAUUACAGGAAUAAAUUCUUUCUUUUUCUUGUUGGAGAUGAAAGAAAAAAAACAUUAAUUUGAUCAGCAAAAACUAUCACACACUUCUGCACUGUAUUCACCAUAGACAUCAAAAUUCAUUUUAUAAGAAAAAUAUGAUAUAUAACCAUAAAUGUCUUUAUGCAUGAAAGAAGAUAAUAUGAUAACAACCUGACAACGCUAUGUUUUAAAGAACUCAAGUCUAUUGUCAUUGGUGAAAUAACUUAGGACCCUGAUGCAUUUAAUAGAAUUUUUCCUCAAUACUCAUUUAUAUUGCAUCUAACAGAUGUCUUCAAGGAAGAAAGUCAAUAGUGAUUUCACAUUGUGGGUAAAUAGAUGAGAAAUGCAUUCACAUAAUCAGCGGCAACAUCGCUCUACAGUCAUGUUAUAAAAAUAUACUCAGACCAUAACAUGAAAUAUUUUAUCAUAUCACAAUAGGAUAUACAUAUGUUUUUAUAUGUUUUAUUUAUGUUGUGGUUUAAAUUUUAUUCUCUCUCUCUCUCUUUAUCUCUCUCUCACUCUCUCUCUCUCUCUCAUAUAUAUAUAUAUAUAACAAUAAGAGAGUAAUUCUAUCAUUGGUAAAAAAUAUCUAAUUUUAUCAUUUCUUUUAUUUGUAAUAUGAUUCCUUCAUGACUUGAUGGUUAAUACGAGGGAGUGCCAAGAAGUUAAUGGCUUUAAGGGUAUCACAAAAGACCUGUUUGAAGGUCCACCCUUCUGAGUUUGUUUACAGGACUUUAAAAAACUGAAGGACUGCUGCAAUGUGUGUGUGAAUCUGAGAGUGGAAUAUGUUGAAUAAAAUCAUAAUUAACUGAUGCAGUUCUACAUUUAAGAGAUGAGGAAUUAUGUACAUUAUUUACAUUUGACGGAUAUUUGUCCUCAUCUUGUUUGCUGUUAACAUGUUUCGGCUGAUAUACCCUCCAGCCUUAUUCAGGUGUCUUGGGGAAAUUUCGAACUUGGGUUCUCAUUCCUAAGAUAUUUUUCGGUGUUAUUAUUAUUAUUAUUAUUGUUAUUGUUCAGGUCACUGCUUGGAAUCGAACUCAGACUCUUGGGGUUAAUAGCCCGUGCUCUUAACCACUAUGCUAUAUGCCCGUUGGCAAUUAUGGAGUGAAUUUUAGGGCUUAUAAAUCUAAUAUUUUCCUAUCCUUCCUUAAUACCGGUUCCCAUAUGCUAUUCAUAUCUGCACUCGGUCUGCUUGGGAAGUUGUUGAGACCUAGCAUAUGUGCUGCUUCUUUUAGUUUUCUUAUUUUCCAGUGGUGUCCUCUGUCUAUUAUUUUAACUUCAUCCCACAGGAGGAGGUGGUCUCCAUUUUUCCAUACAUAAUCAGCUAUACCCGAUUUAUCAGUAUCUCCUAGUGUCACAACUUUGCGAUGUUCGUCUACCCUUAUUUUGAGGUGGGUGGCAUGUUUCACCUUUGUAUAACCCACCACAGCUGCAUGGGAUGGAGUACACGCAGUCUUUGGUCAUAUUCUCUUCUAUUGGUGGUUUUACUCAAAGGAGAUAUUUGCAAAGUGUUGUAUUACUCUUGAAUAUUGUCCUGAUGUCAUAUGGGCCACAUAUCUUUUGUAUCUUUUUGGACAGGCCUUUCACGUAAUAAUAAUAAUAAUAGCAUUGAAAAAUACCUUAGGACUGAGAACCCAGAUUCGAAAUUUCCCCAAGACACCUGAAGAAGGCUGGAGGGUAUAUCAGCCGAAACGUUGUGUUAACAACAAACAAGAUGAGGACAAAUAUCCAUUGUAUGUAAAUAAUGUAAAUAAUAUAAUUAACUGAUCUUGUAUUUUCUUUUACCCAAAACCAGGAACUUUUCAGCACUCCCUUGUAUAAAUGUCCAUUUCCGUGUGUCCGUGUAACAUUCAACUGUAUAUAUAUAGAUAUAUGGAAAUUUGGCAGGAUAAUGUGUGAAACCUCCUUACCAAUGUUUUAAUGCCCAUCCUAUAUGCAAAUGUGGGUUGGACAUGUCUAUUGUAUAUAUUUUCUCAUUUUUGUGAUGAAGCCAAGUAUCCUUAAUUUUUACCCUGUCACUCUUUGGAAAUGUUGUGAAUAUCAUGAAAAUUUUCAAUAAAGUUUAUGAUUAAAUUA